AUGAGACUAUCACAUGGUGUUGUCUGGAGUGCCAUGGUCCCUUGUUGCUUACCAGUGCGAACGAAUCGUCGAAAUGAUAAUCAGGUGACGACACAAUCUCAUCUGAAGAUGUGGGUUGAUCCCGAAACACCCCUUGAAAAGUACACGUGGGAGACAUCACGCGGCGAAACGUGGAAGCUUGUUAUGAGUGACGAGUUUAACACACCUGGAAGAUCGUUUCGGCCUGGAGAUGACCAUAUAUGGACAUCGAUUGAGAAACCCGACGGUGUGAACGCAGCAAUGGAAGUGUAUGCUCACAAUAAAACUACAACGUUGUGUGAUGAAACCAACGGCGUUUGCAGCUUUCAAAUUGAGCUGGAAGACUCCAUCAUUCAGCUGCAGGUGUGGAACAGCUUUCUGAGCACACCGGGUCUGGAAGAUGUCACCUUCUUUUAUCGCGGAGGCAUGGUCCAGUCUUGGAAUAAGUUUUGCAUGCAAGGUGGGAUGGUUGAGGUUCGAGCACAACUUCCAGGAGCUCUGUCCGAGUCCUCUGGUAAUCCUGACGUCAAUUUGGACUCAAGUGCUCGAGCUAAGACACUCAAAUACUACCCAACUUGGCCUGGGAUUUGGAUGAUGGGAAACCUAGGUCGUGCAAUCUUCACCGGCUCAACAAAUAGAAUGUGGCCAUUUUCUUACGAUGCGUGUGAUCCUGACACGUUCAAGCCAAACAACCAGCGAAUCAAUGCAUGUGAUGGAAACCCAGGGUCUGGAAUGAAUCCUCACCAAGGUCGCGGUGCACCUGAGAUCGAUAUUGUCGAAGGUGGUGGUACAACAAUUUCAGCAUCGAUUCAAGUAGGACCUGGUAUGCCGCCGGACUUUCGAGUCAUCGCACCAGUCAACGAAAAUAGCCUGUGCAUAUACUCCAGUUCAUGCAAGACUAUAGGUGCCAACAUUCCCGGCAUACCGCAGAGCGUGUACGCCGAAUCACGUGGACAUGAGUCAUGGUAUCAGCAUUUGCGGUAUGCAGCAAACAAUUUUUGUGAGCGAAAUGCCAGUGAAAUACAGAGUUACAUCACCGUGAAAGCAGCUGUAGAAGCUGGAACUGAAGAUAAUGUGUGCUCGAUCACGACAUGCCCUGCGUCUUUGGAUAUUAACUCGGAUUUAGGGUUCAUGGACGCCAAAAGCAACGAUCGUUGGGGCAUUAACUCGAAUGGCACGUGUUUCUCAGCCAUGAAUUCGUACAUGGGCGAGUUUAUUUGUAGCGCUGGAAAUUCAGAUCCAAACUGUGACUCACCGAAGGAUGCACCAGUCUUGCCGGAAGACGAGUCGACGUUUGCUUUUCAAAUAGAUGCGCUCUCUGCAAAUUGGCCCGUACAUAUGGCAGCGUACACCGAAUUUGUGACGUAUCAAGUGGAGUGGGUUCCAGGCUCGAAUGGUUAUGUUCGGUGGAUGUUAUCAGGAGAUGUAUUGUACGAGAUUCCAGCCCAAGCAGUGACGAACCCUCCACAAGGAGCGCGUAUCACGAAUCCAAGCAAGAUCAUGAUUGAGGAACCAUUGUAUAUCAUUUUCAACGUUGCCAUGUCGAGCAAGUGGGGUGCGCAACCACCAAAUCCAAAACAACCGUGCCGUGGUGACGGACUCAAUCCUGUGGCAAACAAAAUUUGUGACUCAUUUCCAAUGCACUUGAAGAUUGAUUAUGUUCGUGUGUAUCAAGAUGUAUCACUCGAGUCGGUGAUGAGCAUAGGGUGUGAUCCACCAUCACAUCCCACAUAUGAGUGGAUUCUGGAUCAUGUUGAUGAGUAUCAAGAUGACGAGAAUCAGUUUGUCGAGGUGCAUGGGAAAGCCUUUUGUCGGACUGAUGAGGAUUGUACUGUCGAAACAAGAGUUGUUGAUCGUCAUGAAGAGAGCCGUCAAGCUUUUGUAUUGACUGGAAGAUGCAGGAAACAGCGCUGUGAAUGUUUGAGCAAGACAUGGACAGGACCACGUUGUAUUGUUCCAAGCAGAUUACACGUUGCAUCGUUUGGUCCUCCUAUUGCUCUAGCAGCAUGUAUUGGCUCGUUGUUAUUUGCACUUGGAAUUACCUCGUGUUUUGCAAUUCGUUUAACACGAAAGAAAGAAGCUCGUGCGAUUGCAAUGGAAUGUAUUGAGAAACAACAGCAACAAGGACAAGAAUAUGAAGUACUUGGACGUCAAUCGAGUCAAAAUGUGCCUAGUACGUGGUCAAUGGAGUAA